AUCAACAUGCUGCGGACACCCGGAAGCUUAGCAAAAUGUAACAUGUUUGACAGAAGUUAACGGCGUUAAUUCAAGUUAGUGAUACUAAGCGACAGAUUCGUCACACCGAGAUACUCUGUAUUGUUUGUAGCACACUGAAGAUGAGUGAAGGUGACAAAGAAAAGGACCCUGUGGCCCUGAAAGAGGAGGGGAACACUCUUUUCAAGGCAGGAGAUAUGCUGGGUGCCGUCUGCUGUUACACCAAAGCGCUCAAGCUUACAGACAGCCAGGCCAGCGCUGUUCUGUACCGCAACCGCUCCGCCUGCUACCUUAAACUGGAGGACUACAGCAAAGCAGAGGCUGAUGCUUCUAAAGCACUCGAUGUUGACCCAGGUGAUGUGAAAGCAAGGUUUCGGAGGGCCCAGGCUUUUCAGAACCUUGGUCGACUAGACCAAGCCUUUGUGGAUGCUCAGAGAUGUGCCCAGCUGGAGCCCAAAAACAGAGCCUUUCAGGAUCUGCUCAGACAACUUGGAGCACAGAUUCAGCUAAAAUCAGCACAGCUCAGCUCCACAGAUGCACGUGUGCAGCAGAUGUUCUCCCUCCUCUUGGACGCCUCUGCUAAAGACUCUGAUCGACAGAAGGCAGCCCAGAAUCUAGUGGUGUUAUCUCGAGACGAGGCAGGAGCUGAGCAGAUCUUCCGCAACGAUGGGGUGAAGCUAAUUCAGAAACUUCUCCAGUCGAAGCAGGAGGAUGUUGUCCUAUCUGCUCUCAGGACUUUAGUAGGAUUGUGCACAGGACAUCAGCCAAGAACUAUGGCAAUAGUGAAUGAGUUGGGAAUGGACCAGCUGUGUGCAGUAAUGGGGUCAGGCGCCUCCACUGUGUCUCUGGCUGCAUGCCACCUACUGCAGGUGAUGUUUGAGGCUCUUACAGAGUGCAUGAAAAGAGAGAUUAGAGGGAAAGAUGAAGCCAUACUUCCUGAACCAUCCAAGGAGCUACGUUCAAUGUUACGCCACCUUUUGGAAAUGAUGCCAGCAUCAAAUGUGUCAGGGCCGGGCAGAGACAGCGCCAUCAAUCUCCUGGUCAAACAAGUACCCCGCAAGUCCAUGAAAAACCCUGACAACUCCCUCACAUUAUGGGUGGUAGACCAGGGGCUGAAGAAAAUCCUGCAAGUGGCUGGAACUGUUCCUGAGCUUUCAGAAGGACCACCUCUUACAGACAACAGUCACAUGAGCUGCUCUGUGCUACUUACCAAGCUCUAUGAUGAUCUGAAGAGUGACAAAGAGAGGGAGAACUUCAACAAACUAUGUGAAGAAUAUGUUCAGCAAUACUUCAGCCAGCCUGGCCUGGAUGCCAAGCUGCGCGCCAUCCAGACGGUGUCAGUGCUUCUCCAAGGUCCGAGUGACGUAGGCAACAGAACUCUGGAAAUGUCAGGAAUGAUGGAUGCUGUGAUCUCUCUCUGUGCCUCCGAAGAUGUAACGCACCAACAAGUUGCAGUGGAAGCUCUUAUCCACGCUGCAGGCAAAGCCAAGAGAGCCUCCUUCAUCACAGCAAACGGCGUGGCCCUUCUGAAGGACCUUUACAAGAAGAGCGAGAAUGACAGGAUACGUGUGCGAGCCCUCGUGGGUUUGUGCAAGCUUGGAUCAGCAGGAGGGACAGAUUUCAGCAUGAAGCAGUUUGCAGAGGGAUCCACGCUUAAGCUCGCCAAGCAGUGCAGGAAGUGGCUGUGCAACGAGUCUCUCCCCCCGACCUCCCGCCGCUGGUCUGUGGAAGGUCUUGCCUACCUCACCUUCGAUGCUGAUGUGAAGGAAGACUUGGUGGAAGACAAGAAUGCUCUGAUUGCAAUGAUUGAACUAGCAAAGUCUGAAGAUAAAACGGUGCUCUUCGCUGUGGGCUCUACAUUAGUGAACUGCACAAACAGCUACGAUGUGGAGAAACCAGACCCUCAAAUGGUGGAGCUGGCUAAAUAUGCAAAGCAGCAUGUGCCUGAAGAGCAUCCCAAGGAUGCACCCUCUUAUGUGGAGAAAAGAUUGGUUAAGUUGCUAGAAGCUGGCGUGGUGUCUGCGUUGGUGUGUAUGGUCAAACAGGAGAGUCCAGCCCUCACUGAGGCUUGUAAAGAAAGUAUUGCAAGGGUGUUCUUGGCUUUGGUGGAACGGCAGGAAGACAGAGGCACAGUGGUGGCACAGGGUGGAGGAAAGGCUCUGAUCCCACUUGCAACUGACAACACAGAUGUAGGAAAAGUCAAAGCUGCUCAAGCUCUGGCAAAAAUAGCAAUCACAUCUAACCCAGAGAUUGCCUUUCCAGGAGAGAGGAUCUAUGAGGUGGUGCGACCACUUGUGCAUCUUUUGAGUCUUGAGUGCUCAUUGUUGCAGAACUUUGAAGCACUGAUGGCUCUUACAAACCUGGCUGGCAUCAGCGAGAGACUCAGACAAAAGAUCAUAAAGGAAAAAGCUGUACCAAAAAUCGAAGGCUACAUGUUUGAGGAGCACGACUUGGUCCGAGCUUCUGCCACAGAGUGCAUGUGUAAUAUGGUUUUAAGUUCAGAAGUGCAGAAGCUGUACUUGGCUACAGGGAAUGAUCGGCUGAAGCUGCUUGUGCUUUAUAGCGGAGAAGAGGAUGAAAGGCUUAGAAAAGCUGCUGCAGGAACUCUGGCCAUGCUUACUGCUGAACAUUCUGAGCUCUGCGCACGCAUUCCCGGAACCACAACCCACUGGCUAGAGAUCAUGCAGGCUCUGCUGCUCAGUGAAAUAUCCGACCUACGUCAUCGCGGCGUGGUCAUAGUUCAGAACAUGAUGCAGGCUGAGAAAAGUCUGGCUGAGAUGCUCAUGGAGAGCGAAGCUCUGGAGAUUCUUUCUGUCCUUGCAAAGGGAGGAGAGGGCGCUCCAGAUCCUGUUUCCAAGGUUGCCCAGAACUGUCUGGAUAAAGCAGUGGAGUACGGCAUCAUCAGAAACAGGGAGGGGAAGGAAGAGGCCAGAGGAACUGAGCCCUGAAAACACUAUUAGUGUGUUGAUCUGCCUCCUGGAGGUCUUCAGUGCUUUAAAAAACAUUUUGUAUGAGUGGUUUCACAUUUUAUAGAAAUGCAUUCUUGAAAUGCUCAUGUGUCUUAAAAAAUAAUUCAAAGAAAAAUAAGAAAUUGAAUGAAUUAAGAUAAAAAGAUAUCCAAUCAGGUUCAUACUAUCUUCUCAAUUAUCACGUCUAUUUUCUUUUGUCUGACGGAUGAGAAAAAUGUCUUGUUACCUUGACACUUUUCGACUACUUCUGUAGUUUGCUCAGAAGGGACACGUAAUGUUACUGUGAUGUCUUAUCAGCUGUUUUUUGCAGGCUUGCCAGACAGCAGUUGGCAUGGUUGUCCCCUGCUGUCUGGCAAGCCUGCAAAAAACAGCUGAUUUAACAGCUGAUAAGACAUGUAAGAAAACAGUAUUUCUAAUCUGCCCGACAAUAAAGAAAAUUAAAAGACUAAGAUAAAAGUUAAAAAACAGUAUAAACACUGUUCAGCCAUAAAUUAUAACCUCUCACAAUGUGUUAAAAAUGCAAUGUUUACUGGGAAACUUGCAUGUGGCAUUCACAUGAGAGCUACUUUGACACUUUCCCUAACAUUCCUGUAGACCAGUUACCCUACCAGCAUGUGACCACAACAGCAGCAUUCCCAAUAGCACAGCAGUGGGCACAGCAAAACCUGCUAGGUAAAGACAAAAAAAAAAUAGUCAUGACAGUCUGAUGUGUUCACCCAAAUGUCAAUGUAAUUGUGUAACAUUAAUGGGAAGCCAGUCCAAACCAUAAACCACACCCAAGCCUGCAGGGCUCAAAGGAUUUAUUUCUAAUGUUCAUGUUCCAGACACUCCAGGAUAGUCCUGACAGGUUCAAGCAUUUAUGAGGCUGGUGGUCAUAUUGUGCUUUGUGACUUGAGCUGUAACUGCUGUCCCAUCGUUUGCAUGAUCUUUCACAUUUUCCAAAGUGCAUUCUGUUUAGGGACAAAUGAGAUUGUUCUAAACUAUGUUUCUUUCCUAAAAAUGGCCGUUUUAUUGAUUAUAUAAAUAUUUUAUUACUCCCGUGAAUGUUGUAUCUGUAAUUUUAAUUUUGCACACUAACGCAUUAUUUUGCCAUAUUUAACCUUACUAGUUAAAAAAAAGUCAUAUCAUGGUCUUUUGAUUUGAAUGUUUAUUGUCACCAUUAUUGUCACUUCACUACAUUCCCAGUGCGGCAGAUAUAUUGUUAGCUGUUUUUACUAUUUAGACUGAACACGGACAAAAAAAUUAAACUUUUGUACCGGAA